AUGGACACCGCCGUCUCCACCCUCACCGCUCUCGCCAUCUUCGCGAGCACCGUCGAGCACGCUGCCUACAGGAGCGUGCACGGGUACAGGGUGGUCGGGAGGAAAACCGGCGGGUGGGUCCGGUGGGAGAGGUGGGUGGAGAGGCAGUUCGUCCUCUCCCUCUCCUUCCCACCGUGCCUCGAGGUCGCCCUGCCCGCCGCCGCGCCGCGGAUACUGCCAGCGGGGUGGCGGACCCGGCCGGUGUUCCGCGAGGGACAGACCGUGGACACCUGGCGUUGCAUUGUGGCAUUCGACUCCGUCGCCGCCGUCACACCGUCCACCCCGCCGCCGCCCGUGCUCUCCCCCCUCGUGAACCCGCAGCUGCAGUAUCUGCCUAACCUGUACAACGACCUGCUGAAGGUGUUUCGGUUUCAGGAAGAGAAAAAGGUCUCACAGCUCGUUAAUUCAAAAGAGCAACCCAUCCGUUCUGGUGAGCAGGAGAAAACUUCUGGUCUGGCUGAUGCAUCGGAGUCUGAUUCGGAUGGGGAUUCUCAAUCUGACAAAGAACUUGCACCACCAGUUCAGAAGCAUACAAGAGCCAACCGGAAGCAUAUAGAUAGCAUUACUUUAGUUGAUAUAGCUCAGUACUUCCAUCUUCCAAUCCGAGAUGCAUCAAAGACUCUCAAGAUUGGGGUCAGCAUACUGAAGAGGAAAUGCCGACAAUAUGGGAUACCUCGUUGGCCUCACCGGAAAAUCAAGUCACUUGACUCCCUCAUUCAUGACCUUGAGUACGUGCUGGCGAGAGAGGACGAGGAGGAGGAGAAGCAGCUGCAGAAGGACAGGCUGGCUGCUGCGAUAAACGCCCUCACAAAGCGGAAGAGCAUGCUGGAGAGCGAGAAGGAAACCAUACAGCAGAAACCGACCAUGGACCUGAUGGCUGAAACCAAGCUGUUCAGGGAAGAUGUUUUCAAGAGGAGAUAUAGGGCCAAAAGUUCAGUCAUGGAUGAUAUGGAUUUCGAUAUGGAUUAG